CAUCAUUCACGGUUAUGUGUUACAAUGUGUUAUGUGAUAAAUACGCUACCCGGCAGCUAUAUGGCUAUUGCCCGUCCUGGGCAUUAAACUGGGAAUACAGGAAAAAGGGAAUUAUGGAAGAAAUUGUUAACUGGGACGCAGAUAUCAUUAGUCUCAGUAAGGAAUGGCCAGAAUUUGGAGAGAAGGAAGCAAACAGAAGUGGAACAAAGCAAUACUUUACUCUCUUUCUGCCAGCAUUGAAGGAUCGUGGAUACGAUGGAUUUUUUUCCCCAAAGUCACGUGCCAAAAUCAUGUCUGAGCAGGAAAGAAAGCAUGUGGAUGGUUGUGCAAUAUUCUUCAAAACAGAAAAAUUUACAUUGGUGCAGAAGCAUACUGUGGAAUUCAAUCAGGUAGCAAUGGCGAAUUCAGAUGGAUCCGAAGCAAUGCUGAAUAGAGUGAUGACAAAAGAUAAUAUUGGUGUUGCUGUGGUAUUAGAGGUCCACAAGGAACUCUUUGGAACAGGUAUGAAGCCUAUUCAUGCUGCAGACAAACAACUGCUUAUAGUGGCAAAUGCCCACAUGCAUUGGGACCCAGAGUAUUCUGAUGUGAAACUUAUUCAGACCAUGAUGUUUGUCUCAGAGGUUAAAAACAUUUUGGAGAAAGCCUCAAGUAGGCCUGGCAGCCCAACUGCAGAUCCCAAUUCCAUCCCGCUGGUGCUAUGUGCAGAUCUUAACUCAUUGCCAGAUUCAGGUGUUGUGGAAUAUUUAAGCAAUGGAGGAGUAGCUGACAACCAUAAAGACUUCAAGGAACUAAGGUACAAUGAGUGUCUUAUGAACUUCAGCUGUAGUGGAAAGAAUGGAAGCUCAGAAGGGAGAAUCACACAUGGCUUCCAACUUAAGAGCGCCUAUGAAAAUAACUUGAUGCCUUAUACUAAUUACACCUUUGAUUUCAAAGGUGUGAUUGACUACAUUUUCUAUUCCAAGACUCAUAUGAACGUGCUUGGUGUCCUGGGGCCUUUAGAUCCUCAAUGGCUGGUUGAGAACAGCAUCACUGGGUGUCCACACCCUCACAUCCCUUCAGACCACUUCUCACUGUUAACACAACUUGAACUCCACCCUCCACUCCUGCCUCUUGUCAAUGGUGUUCACUUGCCUAAUCGGAGGUAGUGGAGUACAGCCCCGCAGAGUCGGGGAUCUGCCGCUAUGGACCUGUACAGUUGUAAAUCAAAGUAUGUAGGAGUGAAGUAUGGCCGUCCUUAAGCUGCUUCUUCAGGUUCCUUUCACUAUGUGUUUGCUAUAAGACUUUGUGUAUUUUUGUGCAUACUGAUAUCAUUUGGCACUAGGGCUGGAACCAAAGUAUUACUGUCUGUCUCUUAUCUAUCCAAAAGUUUAAUAUACUUUAAAAUUGGAUUUCUUUUCCUAUCAUAUUAGGAACCAACAUUCACAACUGAUAAAUCACUAAUUUGAGGCCCAGCACCAGUGUUGCUCUCUAAAAACAAAUACAUUCUUUUAAAUGUUUUCAAAUACGCCAAUCAUUUUUGUAAAAGGUGAUUUUUACAAACUCCAAAUACAAGAUUUUCAGUUGAAUGAUGGCAUGCCUUAUAGGAAAAACGUUCGAGUUUUCUGUUUUCCUUCAUAAUAAGCUGAUUUUUGGCUCCCAAGUCAUUUGCACAUUAACAAAGCACUUAAAUUUGCUUGAUUUGUACAUUAAAUAUAAUAUAGCCACUAGUCAUAACAAGAUAGUUUGAGAAAUGAAAGAUAAUUGCACAACAUGCUUUAAAAAUCAAGCAUAAUAUGUGACAGUUUGUUGGCCAAAUAUUGGUUGGUUUUUUUGUUUGUUUGUUUGUUUUGAGGAAUCACUUUUUUUUUUUAAUCUGCUUUUAGUUGUAAUAUUUUUAGAAGUAUUAACUCUAAUCUGUCUCUCCAGUUCAUUUGUAAGGAAAUAGCAGAUAGUACUGCCAUACAUCUUGAAACUAGAAUUUGGUAUUUUUAGGGUGCCCACAAACUUAGUGUCUGGUAUUUUUCAUUUUCCUUGUUCGCUCUUCUUUUCUGUCUGGUUGUACUGGGGGAAAAAAAAAACAUGAUUUAUAUCAUCUUUACUACAGUUUAAUGUUUAAAGAAAAUUGCUGAAUGAAAAGCCCCUGGUCAAAGUUUAAAAAAGGGAAAGCCAUAUAAUAUUACACAUGUUUUCCAAAAUAAAAUGGCUGUUUGUUUUUUGUUUUGUUUUAAGGUAAUAGUAGAGAAGAUUUUGAAGAGAGGACAGAUUUGGGGAAGUAGUUCAAAACCUUAAAUCAUUUUCUCUGACUCUAGCUGCCAAAUGGCCAUCAUAUGCUUUUAAUCUUUGUUGCCAUACUGUCUAGAUUUGAAUUAAGCUAUUGUUUUAUUCCCAAAGUUUGAUGCCUCUAGAUGUAUUGGAAGCACCACCACCCCUUAUUGUUGUUGGCCAGGAGGGGCCACUUAAAAGUCUCACUUAAGAGGCAGAGAGCAUAAAUACCAUUUUGUGGGGGAAAAAAUUAGUUGGCUGCUUGAUGAUAAUUAUGGCACAGUAACAUUGGAAAAGGUUGUGUCUGUGUUUUUAAGUUUUUCUUUAUUCUGCUUUUUUGCUGCUAUAAGAGUUUUCUGAAAUUUAUAUUUUAAACUUUUCAUGCACUUUA